UGGAGAUCAUACAGAAACUAUUAGCUUAGAGUAUGAUCCCAGUAAGGUAAGCUAUGGUGACCUCCUGAAGAAAUUUUGGUCAUUCCACAAUCCUACUGUGUCUCAUGGAACCCAGUACAUGUCAGCCAUCUUUUAUCAUAACACUAAACAGAAAUUGGAAGCAGAAGAAUCAAGGAAUGAACAACAGAAAAAAAUGGUACAACCAAUACUUACUCAGAUAAAGAAAGCUGAUACUUUUUAUGAUGCUGAAGAUUACCAUCAAAAGUACCAAUUGAGAAAGUAUCAUGAGAUAUUAGAUUGCCUUAAUCUAAGUAAUGAAGAGCUAAUAACUUCCCCUGUUGCUGCCCGUUUAAAUGGUUACUUAGGAGGAUAUGGAUCAGCUAAAGCUUUUGAAGAGGAAUGUGAAAAUUUAGGACUUCCACACAAAGUCAGAUCCCUUGUGUCCAGGAAGCUGCAAAAUAAGCUUUAAGCAUAUGGAAAGUGACUUUUCCAAUAACAGUGUACAUUUAUUUAUAGUCAGUCAUACAUUGAUGUCACACAAAUUGUAAUUGCAAGGUUUGCUGUAACCAUUUUUCUGUUUGUAAUUUAUUGUACAAAAUAUUGGACAUGAUUAACAUCAUAAUAAAAUAAAAACUCACAGUUUAAAUUCAACUGAUAAUCAUCUAGAACAUUACAUUGAACUGAUUCAAGAGUGACAUUUAUUUAUAUUGUUUUGUUGUUGGUUGUGGAUGAUUUGCAGUGAAAAUUGUGUAUGUCCAUUAAAGUCUGAAUUUACAGAUCUUCAGUAAGGCCGAGUUCUGGAAACCCUAUCAUCCAGUCAGGAAAGAAAACAUGCACAAAAUAUAUGACUUUAUAAUUUGAAAGUUUACACUGUUGUUCAUGUAGUAUGUGAACAUUUUACUGAAAAGCUUGAAAAAACCCAUUUUAACAAAAUAAGAAAAAUGAUAAAAUUUUAAUGUACUUGAGAUUAAGCAAGAACAUACAGGUAUCCAAUACUGAAAUACAGUAUGUCCAAAAGAAAAUGUGCCUACUAGACAGGGCAGUACAAUUGAACAAAGCUUAAAUAAUGGUUGUGAUUAUGAAAAAUUAGUAUUUUAAAAAACCAAACCUUUACUUUCAUUACACUAAUGAAGACCUUAUAUGAUGAUGUGAUCUAUAUUUUUUUUGUUUUUUUUUUUUAGUUUUCCUUCCAAUUUGUGUCUGUACCAAGUCAGGUUAUCUUGAAUAUGUGUUGUUAUUCUUUAUAUGUAUGUCUUUUUGGGGAGGAUUAGGGGAUUGGUGUGGUUUGUUUUUACUGUUAAAUAUUUUUAGAAGUUCCUGUUAUCCUUUUUAUAUAUCUAUUAUUUCAUAAAACUGAGAAAUUCAUAUACUUUUGUUAUAACAUGAUCUUAAGACAUUUAUAUUUUGGUCAUUUAUGAAGAUCAUAAAUCAAAUUUAUUUUAUGAUUGGAUGUUAAGACUGAUUUAUAAUUUUGUUUUUUGAUAACAUUGUGAUAUUAUGCAUAUCUGUGAUUUCAAUAAAAUCUUUCACUACA